CUGUCGACAAAAAGAUAAUAAAAUUCGGUUUAAUUUUAAAAUUAGAACAAAUUUUGUACUAGGUGAGAUGUGCUAGGUGAUUAGAUAAAAUGCUGGCCCUGGGCAAAAAGGCGUCGGUGUGCCAUCUCGGCUCCUCCUGCUCCGUCCCCUUCAAGAUUGUGCCUCUCCCUCGGUUCACCACAUCGACGCAAACAAAAACAAACGUACACAAACAAGGGCGAUCAGAUGUUUGGCUCCUGUUACGUAAUGUUCGUAAAUUGGCGCAAAAUUCAACGCGGUGGGAGCUCAAAUCAGUGCCGGCAGUAGCAUCGAGAGCAUCGUUUUACGAGGCACGGAGGUAUUUCCACAACUCGGCCGUCAGAAAUUCAAGGUACUCCGCCAGCACCAUCAUGACUACCUAUCACAAGGAGCUCCUCCUGGGGGACUAUGACAUCGUAGGAUUCGAUCUGGAUGGGACCUUGCUCCGCUACAAUCUCCGUGAGAUGUCUGCUUUGAUAUACGAUGUACUCAAACAGUUUCUGGUCGAACAGAGAGGCUACAAAGUGGACCUAUUGGCACAACCUUUGAAUGUUGACUUCCUGCAGAAGGGCUUAUUCCUGGACGGACCUCGUGGCAACGUCCUGAAACUAAGCAGCGAGGCAGAGAUCAUGCGCGCAACCCACGGCACUCGGCUCCUCAGCGACGAAGAAAUUGAGGCCAUCUAUGGGGCUGAACGGAAGUGGGACAUCACCACGGCAUUCUACAAGGACCCUCUGUCCACUUGGAAUGGCGCUGCCUCCACACAAAUGCGCUCCCUGCUCGAUUACUUUGAUAUGCCGAGUGCUUUGGUUUUUGCCCAAGCUGUGGAUCAAGUCGACAGGGAAAAAAAGCCGUCUUCGGGAGAGGAGUACCAGGUGUGGCAGGAUGUACAGGCAGGCCUGAUGCACAUUUUUAGCCGGGAACACUUCUCCAACGACAAGAGUCUCUACUUCAAGAGUAUGCGAGCCGAGCCCCAGAGAUUUGUGCUUUCCACCGACACACGAGUCCUCCAGUGGCUGCAUGAGCUACGAAAAUCUGGAAAGAAGCUAUUCCUCCUAACAGGCUCCAACGUAGACUUUGCUAAUCUCACGGCUACUCAGGCUCUGGGAAAGGACUGGCGAAGUCACUUCGAUUUUGUGGUGACCUACGCCAAGAAGCCAGGUUUCUUUACCAGCCAAAGGCCGUUUAUGAAGGUGGACGUGGAGAAGCUGCAGGAGCUGCCCGAGGAAGCCGAGGCGAUACAGCCAGGCGAGGUGUAUUCCCAAGGCAACUGGCAUGGGUUGCACGCGGCCAUGGCUACUAUGCUGCAAAAGGAACCAUCCAAGGCAAAGGCGCUCUACUUUGGAGACAACAUUGUUCAGGAUGUUUACACGCCUGUCAAACAUCGUGAUUUCGAUGCCGUGGCCAUUGCCGAGGAACUGCUUCUCGAGGACGGCAAGUAUCCUUUUACCGCCGAGCUGGACUCUCAAUUUUGGGGUUCCUACUUCGCGCUGGAAUGUACGCCCACCCUCUGGUCGAGCUUCAUCAGCAGUUACGCACAGUUGUGUGUUCCCUCGGUGGAGCAAGUGGCGCAGACUUCACCCCAAAAGCGAAUCAUAUGCAGCAAUCCGUACGGAUUCAGUCCGCGGUUGCCAAAGGAGCUGGAAACCUUGCAUUUGAAGAACUGCAAUGAAUGAUGAUAAGGUGAAUGUGGAUGUGGGCUAUCUAUCAUCUUCCUGGAGACAAUAAACGACCUGCGACCUGUGGCGCAGUUGAUCCGAUAACGCUUCUUGCAGCUGGAACCUAUUCAAAAAGUUUACGUACAAACAAUUUUAUUUAAUAAUCGCAAUAAUAGCAAUAAACAACACAAAAUUCUGGAUUGUUCAAUUAGCGAGCUGACGACAGCAUAUACAGGGAGAGUCAUAGCUGUAAGUCAUUGCAGUUUGAUAUUAAAUAGCUAAGCAAAUAAAUUGAACUACUCUGAGCAUAUUGGUACGCAAACUAAUUAUACCAUUUUAUUAAAACUAAGUAUUAUAAAAUCUAUUUAGUAUUUUCUUAUCACAACUAUGUUUAUACCUUCUCUCCUGACUCCAAAGUUCAGUGAAAAGUAUGAUUCACGAGCUGUUUUUUGAUAAAUUAUUAUUGUUAUGGCAUUUUUUAAAUGAUUUUUUUAGCCAAGCUAGGACAAUUUAUAACAGAAAUAACCCCAAUUUUACUAAACAUCAAUUAUACACACACAUGUUAGCUUAAUUUGUUAAUAUUUUUUGACCGAAGAACUCAAUUGAAGUACCUAUAUGCCUUAGAUUAUAUAAAAAGUCUAUGUUCAAAAUAAUUUUAAAUGCACUGUUGAUGCAGUAAUACACUAAUUUAAUUCACAGUGUACCAAAUACAUAUAUAUGUAAACCACAACAAAUUUGGAAUUUGAAUAGGUUGUGCAUCAGAACAGGAAUAGAUACAUAUAUGCCGUCAUUCCUAUAAAUAUAUGUAUGUUUACUGGAAAUAUUGUACUUCCCUGAAACAAUAAACUUUUGAAUUUUAACAUCAACA